GAAUGUGUUCAGUCUGAUUGAGUAUUCCUCAUAUCCUCACUCGUAAACCACAGAGUACUUAGCGAUAUGCAUUACACUUCAUUCGUAAACAACGGAGUACACCGGGAUUUUGCUUUCUGUUUAUCUUUUAUCACGUAUUCCUUUUUGACCUAAAUAUUCGUUUCGUUGGGGACGUCGCAUUCGCCUCGUGUUUGUUUGUUCUGCAACGUGUUUGUUAAAAAAAAAAAUAAAAUGGUGGUUUCAAAACGGUGUAAAAUCUGUACGAUAAUCGAGGCGGAUAAUUUUCCCAUCUCGGUAGAAUAUUUUGGGAGGCCUAUACCGGAAAUAAUAGAGAAAAUAUCUGGAAUAGAGUUGGACUCCCGCAAAUUGGUUGAUGUGCUGAUAUGUAAUCAGUGCGCCAUCCAGUUGGUGCACAUCGAAAGUGUCGUCAACAAGUUGCGUAAGUCUAUGCUUCGUCUCUCACGACCAGCGGCCAAAGCAACCAAAACUCCAUCAAAAACCACACCUGCAGCAAAAUCGAAAGAAGUAAGCCCGACUAAAAAGAAGAAAGACAUAUCCAAAUUGUUUUCUCCAACAAAAGUAAAUGGAGUCCAGGAAUCUGCUUUUAAGAAAUUUACCGAUGAUAAUGCCGCCUUAAAUGAUGAAUGUCUUUUAAAACCUGGUGCCGAUUCCGCCAAGAAGAAGAAAAGUGUAAAACGUAAGUUGGAGGACUCAUUAACAAAUGGAACAGAUGAAAAAGAUCAUAGCACAACAACGAAGGCAGAUAUAGAUAAUGAAAAUGGAGAAUGUAACGAAACUGCCCUUGGCGACAAAGAGGACAAGCGUGUUAAAUUGGAUUCUUCGUCCAUCGCUGAAAGUAGUACAUUGAAUGAAACUAUUGUCGAUGUCGAUGUGAGCGAACAAAGCUUUACGAAGGUACUAAAUUGUGUUCUCUGUGGGAAGAAAUUCAACCAAAAGAGUUUACUACGAGAGCAUAUAGAAAGUAAUCACAUGGGGGAGAAGUUAAAAGAAUGCCCCAAUUGUUUCAUGGAGUUCCGGUCUGUACAAAAGUACGAGUCGCACGUUUUCAGCGAAAAAUGUAAAGCAACGCUACUUCCAUGCCAGUUCCGAAAUUGCCAUAGACGCUUUAAGAAUGUCCAUAAAAUGGAAGCACAUAUGAGAGAAAAACACUUAUCAGCGAACGAUAUAUAGAUGUCGAAUAGAACAGUACGCAGUCUGCAAAAUAUCCAAUUUUUGCAUGUUUUUAUUAAUUUUUAUUCACGAAUAAAUCAUUGAGACUUGCAAAGAAA